AUGAGAAAACGCCAACAACAGCGAGGUCGCAACGCGCAGCUUCGCCGGGCGCUCAUCGCAACGGGACAGACAAUCUUCGCCAUCCUCCUGCUCACCAUCUUCGGCCUCGCAAUCGUCAUCCAGAGUGGCCUCAUACGGCUGCCGCAGUGGGCCAAGACGUUCCAGGGCGCCCCGCCCGACGUCCUAGCUGCUUAUUCUGGCGCGCUGAUGGGCAUGGUCUGUGGGCUUGCUGUGCUCUUGUUCGGGUUUGCGGUCUGGGUGUACCGAUCGGAUUCAGCCCACGCCCUCUGA